AUGACACAAUCCCAAGCCAAUAUGUAUACACAGGUGGCCCCCGUGUCUUCAGAGUACAAGCUGGAAAGAGUCAGAUGCUUUCCCCCCGCUCGUGCUUCCGACCACCCCCUCUCCAACAUCAACGACUGCCACAUCGUUGUCCAACGCACACUCCAACGUACUGCCAUGAAGAUCAGAGUAUUUGUGCACAACAAGUCUGUUUUCACCUUCAGAAAAAACGGACGAGGAGACAUGUCGAUGAUGUCCACCCAGCUCCAAGUGUUGCGUGCCGGAGCCCGCAUGUUCUUGAUCUACCCGACUGGGGAGGACAAUGAUGGCCAGUCUCCGUACGAAAGUAUCUACAUAGAGUUCCAUGAGGCAGAAAAAGCUAUCGACUUUAUGGAACAAGUCCAGAGCCUCGCCCUCUGCUUCACCACCGUGGACGAUCUAUUGGAUCUCCAGAUCAAGGCGCUCGGGGCUGUCUUUGUUGAACGCGAGUAUCCCCUUUUGGGGUUUUCGGUCUACCACAAGACAAAGUACGCCAAGGCAGGGGACAAUAAAGGAUCAGAGAGAGGCAAAUGGAGUCGGAGUGCCGAGGACUGCAAGAUGCGAUUGGAGGUUGACGCUUCAGGAAAGUCUUGCGGAGCCAUCAAGGUCACCGCCCACGUCGAGUCACUGCUCGUUGUGGACCUCGUGCCCGUCGCUGAGCGAAAUGCCGAGGCCGACCACCUGGUUGUGAGUGUCUCCUCCAAGUUUCUUGGCAUCCACGCCAUCUUGCCCCGUCGACGGUAUCAGCCACGAACCCAGAAGUGGCUGAUUCUCGAGUUUUUUACGGCACUGGACUGUGAAACGGCGAGCAAAUAUCUUCUCCCUUUUUGUAAAGUGCUCGACGAAACCACCAAAGAAAGUUUAGAGCUUGCGAUGACUUCUACGCUGGAUGAGCUGGAUGUUAGGGGGGCGGCGGGAGUACUGAUGUAG